AUGUGGGUGUUCUAUAUGAUCUCAUUGCCCGUGGCUAUUGGCAUGGUCAUUUUUACUUUGAAAUAUUUCUCUGGGCCUGAUGUACCCAACUACGUGUUCUUCACCGUUGCGUACACCUGGUUCUGCUCCGUCUCCAUCAUCAUCCUCGUCCCUGCAGACAUUUGGACGGGUUAUGAAGAUGCUGGAGACUUUACAGUGAAAGCAAGAUUGAAGACCAGCUUACACGGAAACCUUGUUUUCUAUCUGUCUGUCGGUUCUGUAGCACUGAGUGGUAAUAUUUCGGGUUUUGCCAUGGCUUGCUCCAAUACAUUUGGACUGGUUACUGGUGCAUUUCUACUUGGAUUUGGUUUGAGUGAAAUUCCAAAGGGCAUUUGGUUGAAUGCAGAUUGGAGCAUUGAGCAAAAGGUUCUUUCACAUAAAGUUGCAAAAAUGGCUGUCAAAUUAGAUGAUGCUCAUCAAAAUCUUUCAAAUGCUAUUGUUAUCACACAGGCAACAUCAAAGCAAAUGUCCAAGCGGGAUUCUUUGAGACCCUACAUGAAUAUAAUUGACAAAAUGUUGCUUCAGAUGUUGAAGGAUGACCCCUCCUUCAAACCACAAGGUGGAAGACUAGGAGAAAGUGACAUGGAUUACGAUAGAGAUGAGAAAUCUAUGGCAUCACUAAGACGUCGUAUUAAGAGAGCUCGUGAGCAGUACUACCGAUAUAGAAGUGAGUAUACAAAAUUUGUCCUAGAAGCCCUUGAGCUGGAGGAUACCAUAAAGAAUUAUGAGCGUCGUGAGGAUAUAGGAUGGUUUCUUAAGAAAUCAUUGGCUGUUAUAUUGGGUUGCAUGUCAUUUGCAAUUCUAUUAGCAGAGGCUACCAUACUAACCAGUGGAGUUGAUCUAUGCCUUUUCUCUAUCCUAGUACACGCUGCAGGAGAGCAAGAGGUGCUUGUACAGUUAGCUGCAUUCAUCCCCUUGAUGUAUAUGUGUAUUUGUACAUAUUAUUCCUUGUUUAAAAUGGGAGCCAUGAUGUUUUACUCACUGACUCCAAAGCAAACAAGCUCAGUAAGCUUGCUUAUGAUAUGCUCGAUGAUUGCAAGAUAUGCCGCACCCAUUUCAUACAACUUUCUCAAUCUCAUAAAUAUUGGAGGGGAUAGAAAAACCAUUUUUGAGAAAAAAAUGGGAAGAAUCAAUGAUGCUGUUCCCUUUUUUGGAAAAGGAUUCAACAAAAUUUACCCCCUAAUCAUGGUUGUAUACACUUCACUAAUAGCAUGCAAUAUUUUUGACCGGGUCAUCAAGUAUUGUGGGAAUUUGAAAAUAUUCAAGUUCAAUGAUGAUGCAGAAGAUAUGGAUGGAUUUGACCCAUCUGGAGUAAUAAUUUUGCAGAGAGAACGUUCUCUACUCCAGCAAGGCCACAAAGUUGGUGAACUUGUUUUCCCUCUGGCAAGGAGUUUCAGUAUAAGUAUGGAUGUUGAGUCAAGCAGCCAGGCCACGGAUCUGGAUGAGAGUGCCACUUCCAACACAGUGGAAGAGGAGAAUGAAGGCAAUGACAUGAGCAGAAAAUUUGGCAGCAGAAGAUAUGCAGCCUUGAGAACAAACCUCAAUGAAGAAGUGUCUAGAAACGAUUUGACCCAAGAAGGAGGUUCUUCCUCCUUGACAAGUGAUGUUAAUGAUUCUCAGAAUACAAGUUCAGCACCAUCAUCAUCUGUAUUAGCCUCAAGAUGGGAAUCAAUGAUGCUUGGAUUUAAAAGUUUGAGAUCUAACAUUGACUCCAAGAGAUUCCUCCCUAUUACUAAUGCUCAGGAGUCAACUCUAAACACAAAAUCUUCAUCUGAAUCCCUUGAUGAGAUAUUUGAGAGAUUGAAACAUCCUCCUUCUGAAUAUAGGGAUUCUGGUGACUGA